AUAAACGUCACGCAGCUGCUCGACGCGCAGUAACGUCACCGGCGGUCUGACAGCCGACGUUGCAGCCAUGGAGGAAGUGAGAGUGUUUCCUCUGACCUGUCCUGUGCAAAACUAUGCAUGGGGGAAGGUUGCGCUGGACAGUGAGGUGGCCAAGCUGGUGGUUGGUGGAGACCCGCUCGCAGUCAUUGAGGAUAAUAAACCCUAUGCAGAGUUGUGGAUGGGUGCCCACCCUAAAGGUGAUGCCCAGAUUAAAGACAACAGGAUUGCACAGACCACCCUGGGCCAGUGGAUCGCCCACUAUCCCGCCUGCCUGGGCUCCAAGGUGAAAGACGCCUUCCAGGGUCAGCUGCCUUUCCUCUUCAAAGUGCUCUCUGUCAAUACAGCCUUGUCUAUACAGGCCCAUCCUAACAAGGAAUUAGCUGCCAGUCUCCAUGCCCAGUUUCCAGAACAUUAUCCAGACAACAACCACAAGCCAGAGAUGGCGAUCGCUCUUACCCGCUUCCAGGGCCUUUGUGGCUUCAGGCCGUUGGAGGAGAUCCUGGGCUUCCUUAAAAAUGUCCCAGAGUUCCACGCUCUGGUGGGUGAUGAAGCAACAGAAGAGCUCCGGUCCAGCAUCGGAGAUGAGCUUCGCACAAGCCAGGCGCUAAAGAGGUGUUUCUCAAGGAUGAUGAGGUGGGAGAAGAAGGUGUUCGUGGACGAGCUCAAUGAGCUGGUUAAACGAGUCACUGAAGAGGGUGCAGCAGGGAAGGACACGUCAAGCAGCAACGGUAACUUGUUGCUCCGCCUCCAUUCCCAGUAUCCUGGAGACAUUGGCUGCUUUUCCAUAUACUUCCUGAAUUAUGUGGUCCUGGAACCAGGCCAGGCUAUGUUCCUGGGGGCCAAUGAACCUCAUGCUUACCUUUAUGGAGACUGUAUCGAGUGCAUGGCCUGUUCAGACAACACCGUCCGGGCUGGACUGACUCGGAAAUACAUUGACGUUAACACCUUGUGUGAGAUGCUGAACUACAAGCCAGCUCCCGUCUCCUCCAAAAUCUUCCCCUGUGUCCAGGACCCCUCAGACCCUUGUGUAAUCCUGUAUGACCCCCCAGUGCCAGACUUUACUGUCAUUAAGAUUCAGGUCCCAGCCUCGGUGAAGGAGUACACAGUUGCUCCCGUUGACAGUGCUAGCAUUCUUCUGGUCAUCGAAGGCGACGCCACUGCAACCUGUCCCGCUGCUCUCUCUGACAUCACAAUGAGACGGGGUACCGUCCUGUUUGUCUCAGCCAAUGAGAGUCUGUCCCUGCACAUCACCUCACCCUCAGGGAUGACCCUGUUUCGAGCCUGCUGUCUCCUGUAAUUGUGACGUGACUUUGUGUGAAGGCUUCUACUACCUGUUACUUUGUGUUUUGAUGUCAAAUUAUCUUCGGUAUUAAUUGGGCCCAAUAAUUCAUGUGCACUACUUGGUAGGUAAUAUUAAAAAGUAAAGGCGCAUUCAAAUCCUGUUUGUUGAUGUUUGACACUGUGCCAGCUACAGCAGUGUUUCUCGAUCUGUGUCUAGUUUUAUCCCUUUAUAUUCCCGUAUUGGUGCAAAUACAAUUUAUAGAAAACCAGAAUGUUUGUACAACAUCGGUGCUGGACUUUUGACACAUUAAGUAACACAAAUUAAAUGUCUACAAUGUUUAAAAGACUAUCAUCGUCAGCUUCCAGUUAAACUAAACUGGUACAGUUAUGCGUUGUCUUUUUAACUUUAGCUCGAAUAAUUAAAUCUCUAGUUUUCAAACUCAUCCUCGUUAAUGUAACAACUGAGAGCAUAUACUGCAAUCCUGAGAUGCUUGUGCAUGCUUGAUUUCAAACGGGAACACUGUACUAAUGCUACGUCAGUCACAGUGAAGUAACCCCUACUCAUUUUGGAUGUUUUUUGACCUUUAAUGGUGCAUGCUUAGUCUGGAAACUUCAGAAAUAUAAACUAACCAGUAGCAGACAUGAAGGACUCUAAUUGUCCCAUUAAGCAUGACCACAUGAGGACCAGGAAUGCCAGUUAAUUUCAACUU